AUGGUUUUGAUGCUCGUGUGCUCUUUCGAUCCCUUCUAUAUUGGUCCCUGCCCCCCUGGAUGCCUGGCGCCUUUGAAGGGCGGGUGCUGUAGCCCAUGCUGUGGUCCUUGCUGCGGACCUUGCGGACCUUGCUGUAGUCCUUGCUGCAGUUCGUGCCCCUGCGGAUGGUAGAGCCCCGAUUGGAAUUAACUAUGAAAACUAUGUAAUUUUGCGAAAACGUUAUGGGCCAGUUGUGAUAGAAGCUGUACGCGUUGCUGCUGGGGAGAUCAGUUGCUGUUAACACUCCUCCCUUGGCCCGGGAACAUCACACCAGUUUCCCCAUUCAAAAAAAUUUAGAGCAGACUGUUUCGAAAUAAAAUGAAUAAAAAAAAAAAAAA